AAUCCAUGCCAUUCUUUGUCAACUCGUCUUGUGAUGGGUUCGUAGCGUAACCCCACAAUUGUUCUUUUGUGGCUUUGGCAGGAUUUAUUUUUAUUCGUUGUGCUUUCCAUAUCACCCCAGCCUCUAGUAGCUUAUUUCAUGGUAACCCUGUUAAGUAAUUAGUGUUCGGCUUUUUAAGAUUAGUUGUGAUUUGAUAUCAGAGUGGCGCAGCGGAAGCAUAGUAAGCCAUGUCUGUUCAUAGAAAGUUAGUGGGGCAUUUGCCUUGGAUUGUGUGAAGCCAUUCACCACUUGAUAUGGUCCUCAAUUUGAGUUUUGGGGACAAAACUCCUUUUUAGGAGGGGUGAGUGUAAUAUCCCAAAUUUUCGGGAAUAUUGAAGUGUAAGUUAAGGACUUGAUUGUGAGAAAAGAUUGUUUUGGAGCCUAAUGUGAAUAUUUCAAAAGUUGAGGGACUUAAAGAGGGAAAGAAUUUGGAUAAGGAUGGCUUAUUUCUUUUCUCCCCUUUCCUCUUUCUUCUCCAGCCCGUUUCUGCUCUUGUCUUCCCGCUGCAACUCGAGAGGAAAAAAAAAAAAAGAAACCCAGCCAUGCCUUGAGGAAACCGGUAGAGAGCUUGGUGUUGGCCUUCUUUUCUUGUCCAAGAACCUGAUUUGGAACCCAGAAAUCUUCCCCCCUUGCUGGAAAAGCCGGAUCUGCUUUGCUCCUCCCUUCCUCACCGCCGGCUGCCCUUGUUGUGGGUGCAAAUUCUGGGCAUUUUUAGGUAAGAAACAGCCAUGAAUCUCCCUUCUUUAGCUUGAUUUAGCUUGGGUUUAUCUUAAUUGCUCUUGUUCCUCCAAUUUUUGGGAAACCCGUGAGUUCCCUGUAGAAUUGCCGCCGGCUUCUUCUUCCCCCUGCAGCUCCGAUUUUGCUUGCUGGAUUCUGGUUCUUGAUCGUCCUGUCAGUUUAGUACGUGAAUUGAGUGCUCGGUUUUAUGGAGUGAAUUCUCGGUUUUAUGCAAGUGAGGUAAGUAAAUUUAUGGUAAUGCCCGUACUGUUUUAAAAGCAUGUUUUGAGUUGUUUUUGAAGUGGUGGCGGGACUAAACCCGUUUUACAUAAGUGUGACUGAUUUGAAGUGAAAUGUUUUGUGCUUUUCAUGAAAUUGAGCAUGCCUACUUGAAAGUGAUUGUGAACUGUCCUGAUGAUCUGAAAGUGAUUGUGAAUUGUGAUUUUCUUGUGAACUUCUGCCUGUUUUGUCUCCGAUAUGGUCAUGUUAUUCGUGUGCCCGCUAGUGGGAGGUUUAUAAACGCUAGCACAUGUC